AUGGAAAAACGGAGAAUGAAAGAAAUAUUUAAGAAUCUUUCCUCUAAGGAAAGUUUAAAUGAAAAAUUGGGCAUCAUACAAGAUGGAAUAAAUAGAAAAGUAAGACGCCGAUUCAGCGAUGAUAAGUUGGCGUCAGUCAGACGUCGGCUGCAGUUCAACAAUAAUCCACUGUCGGCGGUACCACAAGAGACAACUUCUGAAAAAUACCUUAUUGAAAACAACAACAAUAAUAUUCAGUAG